AUGAGUUGGGUGAACUCUUUGCAUGGCCACAAAUUCAGUCCAGUCAAAUCAAAUUGGACUUUACCUACAUUUGAUUUGACCCCAAUAAAACCAGCUUUUGUGAGCAUCGACUGUGGAUCAUCUGAACUUUAUACUGACAAAAAUUCGAUAAAGAGGACUGGAGACAAUGCCUAUUCAGAGUGCAAUCAUCUCCUCGAUCCAGCUUCUGACCUACAAUUCGAUGGAAAUUACUGGGCCACUGUCAACACUAUAAUGUAUGAAGUUGUUGCUCAUGAAGCACUAUAUACUGUGAAAGGAAAUACUACCAGCAUAUGUGUUGCUCAAACAAUGCCGAACCAGUUGCCAUUCAUAUCAGCACUUGAGCUUCGGAGCUUGCUUCCUGGCAUGUAUAGCCUAGACGGUCGGAUUUGGGUUCCUGAACAUCGUGUGAUAAUGAAUUAUGUCACAAAUCUUGGACCUGAAAUUGAAAUUACUUCUGCUGUGGACAUUCCUCCAGCUGCUGUAUUGAAAAAUGCAAUUGCUGCCACAAGCAUUACACGGUCUAUAUUUAUGUGGACAGAACUUCCUGAGACCCAAAUUCCCAACUACUUGGCCACAUACUUCUCAGAAGUAGCGGUUCUAAAUAUACAGAAGAAGAGAUCAUUUCAAGUUUACAAAAACAAUAGCCCUGCUCCAAAGAUCUCCAUCAGUCCACCUUUCGGAGGUGUGUCAGAAGAUUGGAAUGGUGGUCCUUGUCUUCCAUCUCCAUUUUCCUGGGAUUGGAUUGAAUGUAUUUUUGGUGCCACACCUCCUGCAAGCGCCCUGAAUCGCACCGGCUAUGGUCUGACUGGUCCACUUCAAGAUUUGAUUGCCGUGGAUGCGCUUCAAACAAUGAACUUGGCAAAUAAUAAAUUCACUGGACCCAUACCCACCUCAAUAUCAAAGAACAACAAGUUGACUCUGGGGCUUAAAAUGUUUGAUGUGUUUCCUUUUCUCUUUCAAGGGACGACUGCUUUAAUGGAAAUGGACCAUCUUGUAAGGCUCCACAAAGACGUUCUUCAGGGUAGAACCAAAGAGAAGACACUCCCUGUUCAGGAUCUGGGGUACCGAAACAAGAAGACUAACAUCAUCGACUGUGGAUCAUCUGAUUCUGAACCUUACACUGACGAAAAUUCAAUAACGUGGACCGGAGAUGAUUCCUACAUUCAGACUGGCGAAUCUCAGUUUGUGAAGUACAGUAGUAUGCCUUACGUAAUGACCAGUCUCAGGGUAUUUCCUUCACGGAAAAAGAAUUGCUACAAGAUUAACGUUAGCGACGGGGAACGAGUUCUAGUUCGUGCAAGCUUUUACUAUGGCGAUUACGAUUUUAAAUUUUCACCUCCGGUUUUCGAACUACAAUUUGAUGGCAAUUACUGGGCCACUGUCAACACUACAUCGUAUGAUAUCGUUUCUUAUGAAGCAGUAUAUACUGUGAAAGGAAACUCUACUAGCAUAUGUCUUGCUCAAACAAUGCCUGACCAGGUGCCAUUCAUAUCAGCACUUGAGCUUCGGAGCUUGCUUCCUGCCAUGUAUAGCCAUGUUGCUCCGAAUUAUGCUAUGUUUUUAAAUCUGAGGGUUGCUUAUGGUGCAAACGUCACUAUUAGGUAUCCUGAUGACCCUCACGAUCGGAGUUGGAAACCUGGACAUGGUCUGUUAUUGACUGAUGUAACCAGUCUUGCACCUGCGAUUGACGCUACUGGUGCUGAAGACAAUCCUCCAUCAGCUGUACUGGAAAAUGCAAUUACUACCUCAAGCACUCUAGAGUAUAUAAUUUUGAGGACGAAACUUCCUGAGAUCAAAGUUCCAAUCUACAUGGCCACAUACUUCUCAGAAGUUGCACGUCUAAAUAAAACACAGAAGAGAUACUUUCAAUUUUACAUAAACAAUAAGCCUGUUUCAAAAACCCCUAUUAGCCCACCUUUCGGAAGCGUAUCAGCACUAUACAUCACCAACACCUCUGCUUAUUCGAAUACUUCAUUUUCUGUGAUGGCAACAACUGAUUCUACGCUCCCUCCUCUCAUCAAUGCCAUGGAACUUUAUACUCUGAGCAAUGCACUAACCGAUGGAACUAACAAAAAAGAUGGUUAG